CAAAAACAACAUUUUAAUUCAUAAAUGGACUUUUGCGAAGAUGUGUCGAAGGAGAGACGAUGACUACCGAAGUUGAUGUAAACACCAUCACAACACAGUAUGAGAAGUUUAUGCAGUCGUAUUGCAAUAAUCUGGUCAUCAUUUCGUCUAAUACCUGUGCUUUUCCCUGUUUCGAAAGCCUCAGAACAUUGUUAUUCUGCCGAUAAAAGCUGCAAAGACAGUACAAACCAGAACUUAGCCUCAAAAAGCCAGCAACAAACUCAGGAAUAUCAUUCUGGAAUGGAGUGGCGUUCUCAUGGGCGGGAUAAUGAUGAUCUAAUUAGCCAAUUAAAAAACUAUGGGAUAAUUAAGAGUGAUGAGGUGGAGAAAGCCAUGCGUAAUGUAGAUCGUGGAAACUAUUGUUCAAGAACACCAUACCAAGACUCACCUCAACCAAUUGGUUUUGGCGUCACCAUCAGUGCACCUCACAUGCAUGCCCAUGCUUUGGAGAUUUUGAAAAAUAAUAUUAAAGAAGGAAGCAAAGUGCUUGAUGUUGGCUCAGGAAGUGGUUAUCUGUGUGCAUGCAUGGCCCAGAUGGUUGGAAAAUCAGGCAAAGUAAUUGGCAUUGAUCAUUUGCAAGGCUUGGUUGACUUAUCAAGACAAAACAUAUUAAAGAAAGACAAAUACCUCCUGGAUGGUGGUCAAGUUAAACUGUUUUUUGGUGAUGGAUGGGAUGGUUGCCCUGAAGAAGCUCCUUUUGAUGCAAUUCACGUUGGCGCUGCUGCGGCAUCUGUGCCUCAAGCCUUGGUAAAUCAACUAAAACCUGGUGGUCGUCUCUUCAUACCCGUAGGUGCUGAGAAUGGUGAACAGUUCUUAGAACAGAUUGAUAAACAGGAAGAUGAUAGCAUUACACGCAAACGACUUAUGGGUGUCCGUUAUGUUCCACUUGUGAACAAGGAACAUAAAACUUAAUGUACAGUCGAUCUACAAGACUCAAUGUCUCAUGU